AUGGCAACCACUAGGAAUAAUCAGAGACAAUACCAGUCGUCUUUGGAAAUGAAAGCGAAGCAUGAUGCUUCAGAAAUACGCACGUCAUUAUUACGCCGAAUAUCAAUGUGGAUAUUGACAGAUCCAUCGGGCAAUGGAAAUCUGAAGUCAGAAUGUCACCAAAAGAAUUCCGGUUCUACAACUAAGACUAAGAACUAUGAAAAAAUGGGAGUUUAUAACUAUUUAUUUUGCUUUGGUGGUAGAAUGAGGACAACAAAACAAUUCUAUCUAAGGCCCUAUAUGUUUUUCACAGUCUUUUGUAUAGUGUCUGCCGCCGUUAUCUUCUUCGUGUUUCUUUCCAGCUGGUACUGGCAUAAUAUUUCACCAGCAGUAGUGAUAAUGUUCCUGUAUAUUUGGCUCCAUUGUUUCAUAAGUUUUUUCAAAGCAUCAUUCACUGAUCCGGGUAUAAUGCCAAGGAAUACUAAUAUUGCUGACGAACCAUUUCGUUUACCUAAUGAGUAUUCAAACACCAUCAGCUUACCCAUUAUCAACAAAUCAAAGGAAAAAUUGCAUGUUAAUUGUUCAGUAACUACCAAGUAUUGUCCAACAUGUCGGAUUUGGAGACCACCAAGAACUAGCCACUGUAUGUUGUGCGGCGUAUGUGUGGCCAAUCUUGAUCAUCAUUGCAUUUGGUUGAACAAUUGCGUUGGGCUGAGAAAUUAUCUGUACUUCUUCAGUUUUGUAUUGAUGGCCUUUUUAAGUACAGUUUACCUCAAUGUUUGCUCCUACUACUUCAUAUUUCAUCAUCAUUCAAAUUCAACUCCAUUAGACAUUAUCAAGAAGUAUCCUGCAAGCCUAUGUUUGCUAAUUUAUUCUCAUUUGUUGAUGCUAUAUCCCUUUCUAUUAUUAUUAUGCCACACAUAUUUGAAUUGUGUGGGUCUCAAAACCAAGGAAUUUUUAAACAAUCAUGUGAAAGCAUCCACCCUUUUUAAAACCGGUAGAUUCAAUGUUUUUAACACCAAGAACACAUUGAAGAACUUUAUCAUUGGCAUUUGUCAGCCUCGUGGUUUGGCAUACGUGAGAGCCAGAGAUGAAUAUAUUAAUGACAGAACUUUGGAUAAAUUGCCUCCGCUCUCAGUAUGA